UGUAAGUCUGACAGAUGACAGUUUUGAUCAAAAUUAAAUGUUAAUUCUGUUCGUCAAAGCUUCGUGUUAUCUCGAUAAUUUAUAAUAUUCUUAAAGGGCUUGUAGAAAUCAUGGCUAAUAAUGACGCCUAUCUCAAAGUGUGUCUAUCUAAAUACAAACAUCGAGAUCUUACUUCACGGGACGUGACUAACGUAAUACAAGUUUAUCGUGGUUUGAAUUUUCGAGUCGAGGGCUUUGUAUUCAACAAUGGAGUAAGAAAAGACCUUUUGAAUUUAGAGGGAACAAUACCUGUUAAUUACAAAGGUGCUUAUUACAAUAUUCCUAUUUGUAUUUGGCUAAUGGACACGCAUCCGCAAAAUGCGCCUUUGUGUUUUGUGAAACCGACACCUGAUAUGUCAAUAAAAGUAUCAAAAUAUGUUGAUAAUAACGGAAAAAUUUAUUUACCGUAUCUACACGAAUGGAAAGCUAAUGUUUCCACUUUACAGCGACUCGUUCAGCAAAUGAUCAUUGCUUUUGGAGAAUUACCGCCCGUCUAUUCGAAACCACGGAACGAAGUGCGUCCACCCUAUCCUAUGAACUCCUUUAUGCCGCAGCCGGCAGGUUAUCCAUAUCCCACAGUCAGCCCCCCUCAGCAGGGAUAUCCUUCGGUGACUCCAUAUCCGACAACUUCCCAACUGCCAUAUCCCAGUUUUGGUUCACCAUAUCCUGGCACAGUCAAUACUAACGGUUCACCAUAUCCUGGACCAAAUCCUCCAUAUCCACCAGUGACUGUCAAUCCAGUAACAGAUGUUGCUGGUGGCACUAUCACAGAAGAACAUAUCAAGGCGUCAUUGCUCUCUGCAGUAGAAGAUAAACUAAGACGCAGACUCAAAGAACAGUCUCAACAAUCACAGGCUGAACUCGAAACAUUACGUCGGACACAGCAAGAAUUGAGAGAAGGAAAAACAAGAUUGGAAGAUAUAAUAUCACGUUUGCAAAGAGAGAGAUCUGAACUGGAUAAAAAUGUUGCUAUUCUACAAGAGAAGGAAAAGGAAUUGGAAUCGGCAGUGGAACAUCUAGGUGAACAGGAAAGUGUUGAUGUUGAUGAAGCUGUAGUCACAACAGCUCCUCUAUAUUCACAACUUCUAAAUGCCUUUGCUGAAGAAGCUACACUUGAAGAUGCUAUUUAUUAUAUGGGAGAGGCCUUACGUAAAGAAGUCAUAGAUUUGGAUACAUUUUUGAAACAAGUUCGUACUCUUGCUAGACGACAGUUCACCUUACGUGCACUAAUGCAUAAAUGUAGGCAAAAGGCCCAGCUUGCAUGUUAAUAAAAAUGCUUGUGAUGGAGUAUGAUUCAUAAAAUAACUUUGUUUAUGAAACUUGCUAUAUUUAAUACAAUCUGUAGGCAAAUAGAUAAUUGAAAUGAAAUUAUGUGUUGUGCCACAUCCUUCAUAUUAAGAUUAUGGAUGUAAUACUACAGCAGUAUACACAUUUAAAAGAAAUGACUAAAAAGUUGUGCAAUAGGUAACAAUGAUAAUGAAAAUUCAUUCAUAUUUGUUUUACCAUUUAAUUUCAUAUUCAAACUUAAUGUGAAACUAUGUUUUAAAACAGUAUGUACUUUCAUUUUAAUUAUUAUAUGGAACAUUCAAGAAAUAAUUAUUAAGCUUAUAUAAUAUGUAGAUUACUUAUUUUAUUGUCAGCUAUAGAGUGUAUCAGGUUUACUGAAAAUUAAUAUUAAUAUGUUAAAUUUUUCUAGUGAGAUGCAUAUGAAUCUGAUUUUUUUAAAUGAAAUUAUUGCUAAC